GUGAAAUCCAUACCCCCUCGGUCCCAGGUGUAACUUCCAGAAAAACAAGGUCUGUGUCGGAGGAGACGAGCGAUGACGUGAGGCAGCCGGAGAGAGGGAGCCGCUCGCCCGCCGGGUAUAAAUAAAGUUCCCAGGCAACACUGGAAACAGCGCGGCUGAACUAGAGAGGGCAGAGACUGCAGCGCCGGGAACAGAAGAAGGCUACGCUGAACUCCGACGCUCGGGGGGCAGGAAGCGCUGAGGUACUCCAGUUAGGACGGGGAGGGGGGCAGAUUGGACUGAGAAGCUCGUAGAAAUCGUUUCCGCCGAGGGUGACAGCACCAUGGACAGCGGCAGCUUUAAGGUGAGGUCGGCGCUGUACCUGGGCGUCUGUCUGUCGGUGCUCGCGGUCGCCGGCCACGCUCAGAUGCCUGCCGACGGCGCUCUCUCUCCGCGGGAGGAGGAGGAGUACGGCCCCCGGGGGUACUCCGCUGAAGACCUGGUGAGCAUCCGGCUAACCUCUGACCUCCUGUCUCCCCGGGCGCAGUGUGACGUCGGCGAGCGCUGCGCGGUGAAACACGGGCCCCGCAUCGGCAAGCUGUGUGACUGCCUCCGGGGGGCCGCCUGCAACACCUUCUUGCUCCGCUGCUACUGACCAGGCCGGGACCCGCCGCACGGAGGCGCCGCCCGCGCCUGAGACCCCGGCUCGGCCUCUCCCACGUCCUCGACGCGCGUUGGGCGCUGUCCCUGUUCCUCUGUCACGUGUUCGUGUGUGUGUGUGAUUUUAAUGUGGUGACUGUCGUUACAGGAGCUUCGCGCACUGGUAAAACUAUAUCAUACAGACUCUGUAUAAGGAUAUAAUGAAACUAAUUUUAUUUUUAUUUAAUAAAAGGGUGUCCUCA